GAUGAUCACUGGCAGAAAAAUUUAGAUUUUUCAGCUAACUCCCAACUAUGUGACGUUAAAGAUACAUUCACCAUGUCUAUGAACUGCAAAAUGUAAUAUAUGAGUAGACAGAUACGCAUAGCUUUGUCAAUACCCUUCAAGUUCAAGAGGGCACAUGUGAGUGAUGUUGAAUUUCAGCUAGCUGGACUCAGUUUGUUGUUGAUUGUACAGUUCCCACCUGUUGUGUAUGAAAGAUGAGGUACGUGUCAUUUGUGGAGCAUCUGCAGCUGGAGUUCUCAGGGAACCUCAUGCCUCAGGCCAUGGUGCUGGGGGAUGUGGACAAUGAUCAGGAUAAUGAGUUGGUGGCUGGUAAUGUGAAUGGACAGCUGAUGGUGUUCAAGGGUACUGACACAACUCCAUGGAGGAUGGCUUCAGGACUGGGGAUGACUUCAUGUGCUGCUGUGGGAGAUGUGUGCAAUACUGGCAAGAAUGUGAUAAUGACGCUGAGUGCUGAAGGCUGGUGCCAUGUCUUCUCCGUAUCGCCUAAUGAGAAACAGAACAAAGAUGAUGAAAAGGACAAGGAGGCAACUGUGGCACAGGCGAAAGGAGGGCCAGAAGAAAUGACACCUGUCUAUCAACAACUGUUAGCUGCUAAUGGGCAAGCUAUUGUCAUAGCUGAUAUUGAUAAAGAUGGGAAGAACGAGAUAGUAAUUGGGUACACAGACCGUGUGGUCCGUGCUUACAGCUGGGUGGAAAGUACAUCAGCCACCACAGGCCAAGAUGUGCUGAGUGGUAAAUUUGUGCUGCUUCAGACAUGGGAGUUGGUUGGCCAGGUUGGUUCCAUAGUUGUGACCACAGGAGUAGACGGCCAGACAGAGCUGUUAGCCUCCCAGCCAGGCUGUACGUACACCACACUGCUCAUGAAGGACACUGGGAAGGGGGAGGGGGGCGACAAAGAGAAUAAUGAAGAUGAGGAGGAGGAGGAGGAAAGGCAACAAGCAAGUGGUGAGACUGUGAUCUUCCACCCCCUGGUGUCCUCCCGGGCCAGGAACCCCGAUGUGUCAACAGAGAUCAUUGGAAACUUGGCAACAGGGCCCUCAGAUGAUGCAGGUGACUGCCCAGGGCGGGGGCUGUAUGCCAUGUGCACCCUUGAUGGUACCUUGAUGCUGGGUCAGGGGGAGGAGAUUGUUUGGUCACUUCAGGUGGACCACCACCUGUUCUCUCUUACAAAACUGGAUGUCACGAUGGAUGGAAAAGACGAGAUCGUGGCCUGUGGGUGGGACGGACAGACGUACAUCAUGGACCACUUGCGCAACAUGGUCCGCUUCCAGUUCGACCAGCCUGUCAAUGCCUUCUGUGCAGGUCUGUAUGCAGUGGCGCCAGGAAAGAAUGUCCCCUGUCUGGUGUAUGCCACCUUCCACAACAACAUCACGCUGCACUUCAACACUACCCUGCCAUGUCUGCUCCCAACAACACUUACUGAUGUGUUAGCAGAUAAGGAGAGGGUGACACAACUGUUGCAAAAACUCAACCUGCAAGAUGCAGACUCGGGCACUUUGCAGCAGCUGUACCACUGGUGUAUCUAUGGACAACCCUGAACAAUGGCUGUACCACUGGUGUAUCUAUGGACAACCCUGAAUAGUGGCUGUACCACUGGUGUAUCUAUGGACAACCUUUAACAGCAGCUGUACCACUGGUGUAUCUAUGGACAACCUUUAACAGCAGCUGUACCACUGGUGUAUCUAUGGACAACCUUGAACAAUGACUGUACCACUGGUGUAUCUAUGGACAACCCUGAAUAGUGGCUGUACCACUGGUGUAUCUAUGGACAACCUUUAACAGCAGCUGUACCACUGGUGUAUCUAUGGACAACCUUUAACAGCAGCUGUACCACUGGUGUAUCUAUGGACAACCUUGAACAGUGGCUGUUCCAAUGGUGUAUCUAUGGACAAACUUGAACAAUGGCUGUACCACUGGUGGAUCUAUGGACAACCUUGAACAAUGGCUGUACCACUGGUGGAUCUAUGGACAACCCUGAACAGUGGCUGUACCAAAUGUUUUCAAAACAUGACUGCAAAUUAAUGGUGGGAUCAGACCAAAUCAACCAACUGUCAUAACUUGGGAAAAUGAGUUGAAAUUCCCCUUACACAUGCCAGGAUCAGAUCCAAUUCCAGAUACAAAUAGCCGUGUACUUUUAUUGUCCCUUUUGUCUAACAACAUGAUAAUCCUUCUGACAUACAUAUAGCUGCCCUACUCUGUACAGCAUACAUUGGUGGUAUAGGUACAAUGAGUCACUACACUCUCCCCCUACUACUACCCCAUACAAGUUAUGAUGCAGGUAAGAUAUAAUCACGUGAUGGUACAAAAAUAAUAUGAAAAUAUAUGGCUAACAGGUUAUAUUCGUCAUAUAACAAUAGCUCUUGUCUAAUACAUCUAAAUAGCUAAACAUCAAACAUACAUCUGUCUGAACAUGGCAUUAAGAAGAUUACAGGAUACAACUUACAUUGAUUGUAAGUCAACACUGGUUCUACUAAGCAAAGGCCUGGCUAAGCAAUGUUGCAUAAUGGACUGCACAUAAAUCAUGUUAUUAUUGUUUUACAAACCAAGCAAAUGCAUCUCACAGAUAUUGAGGUGACUUGGUACGUACCACUAAAUGGAAAUUUGACAUCUCUUUGACUGACGUUAACAAACUAUUGCUUAUGGCAGUCAAUUUACAAU